CUGAUCAAAACACAAAAAAUGACUACGUGAAGUCUGUUGUCAUACGAAAUAGUAAACUUGUACAAGUAAUUAUUUAAAAUAUGAUGCAGUGAGUGUAAUUUAUAUUGUUAUCCUCAGGGAUUAUUCUUCUAUCUUUCAUCCUUUCUACGAAACAAUGGGUCGUUCGAAACUUAAGAGGCCAGCAGUCGACGAGCCCUCUGAAGACACCAGUAAAGUUCCUAUUGAAAAUUUACCGAAGAAGCUUCUCUGGAUGCACGUGAACAGCGGUACGAAGAUUAGGAAUGUGUUGGGGUAUGCCCUGCUUGAAUUUCCAAAUCGUCCUUGUAUUCUGUGGUCUGGCGCUGGUCAAGGAAUUGGCAAAGUUAUAACAUGCGCUGAAUUAUUUAAAAAGAAAAAUACUGGUCUUCAUCAAUUAACUAAACUCUGCUAUGUAGAAUCGAGAAAUUCCAGUGUAAAGGAAACGCAUGAAAAAAUUCGGCGAGUCCCGGAAAUACAUAUUUUACUGUCAAGAGAUUCCAUGUACUCCAAAGAAUCUGGUUAUCAGGCACCAAACAAUUCCGGAACAUUUUGGGACGUCAACAACGAAGGGACUUCGGAAGGGAUAACGGAAACAACGAAAAUACAAUCUAACAGUAAAAUGUCGAAUAAAGCGGCUGAGGAAUUCACAGCGAUGGGUCUGAGAAUGGGACAGAAACGUCCAAGGAAGGAGCAACAAACGGAAACGCCAUCGAAGAAAAAUAAGAAAAAGGAUAAUGGCAAUCAGUCAAAGAUAUGAUUAUAAAACUAUAACAAUGCAAAUAAAGUAACUCUUAUUUUAA